CUACAGAGUACUCUGUAAUUCUGUACAUUUCCAUUUAUGGCGCCACCUUACACUUCUGUCUUCUUCCAAAUUCUUUUUCCUUUUUUAGCAACUUGCAAUUGGCAUCUCCCCUCUCUUACCUGCCACCCCACCCAUAUCUUAUCCAAUCACAUCAUCUUUCUCCUCAAUCAAUGCAUAUAAUAUUUAAUAAUAAUAUAAUAAUGAUGUUUCAUUUUUAUAUUUUUUUUGUAAAUCUGAUGAAUAUUUAUUUUAUUUUAAUAGCAAAUGUCCAUUGUUUCUUGAUAUUCACAACCCCUUUUCUUCCUUCCAAUUUCAUACUCUAUUAUUCAUUUUUGGGUUGUUUUGAGUUACCCAAAUAAUCCAGAUUCAUCCCCUCAAUCUUUGGAGAAUUUUUGCCCCUUUUUUGGAUUGAAAAACCAUCUAUUUUUCUGGGUUUUUCUCCAAAUUUUAGCAGAUUUAUGGAGGGCUUUUCUAAUGAACGCUUCGAUUUUGGGAGGAUGGGUUAUGGAUGUCAGCAUUACAGAAGAAGGUGUUUGAUUCGAGCUCCGUGUUGCAACGAGAUCUUUCCUUGUCGCCAUUGCCACAACGACGCCACUAACAUGUUACGCAACCCAAUGGACCGGCAUGAACUUGAUCGACAUGAUGUUAAGCAAGUUGUUUGUGCUGUAUGCGACACAGAACAACCAGCGGCUCAUGUUUGCACGAAUUGCGGUGUUAAUAUGGGGGAGUACUUUUGUGAGGUUUGCAAGUUCUAUGACGAUGAUGUUGAUAAAAUGCAAUUUCACUGUGAUGAUUGCGGGAUUUGCAGGGUUGGUGGCCGUGAAAACUUCUUCCACUGCAAGAAAUGUGGAUCUUGCUAUUCUGUGGCGUUACGUGAUAAUCAUUUGUGUAUAGAGAACUCCAUGCGCCAUCACUGCCCCAUAUGCUAUGAGUAUCUUUUUGACUCGCUUAAAAAUACUACUGUCUUGACUUGUGGGCAUACUAUGCAUUCUGAUUGCUGCGAAGAGAUGUUGAAGCGCGAUAAGUAUUGCUGCCCUAUAUGCUCAAAAUCAGUUAUUGACAUGUCUAGAACCUGGAAGAGAUUAGAUGAGGAGGCCCUUAGUCUUGAUAAUUGUUCUUUGCACAUCCAGAUUGAAGCAACCACCAUGCCGGAGGAGUACCGCGCCAAGAAGGUUUGGAUUCUAUGCAACGACUGCAAUGAUACAACAGAGGUUUAUUUCCACAUACUAGGCCAGAAAUGUAGCCACUGCAAGUCUUAUAACACCUGUCAAAUUGCGCGUCCAGUCCUUCCUUAGAAUUGUUCAACAUACGAAUCAUCUUGCCUUGGCUGCUUUUAGUAUGGAUGAUACUCAUUUUCCCUUUCUUUCUUCUGUGCUUCAAUCAUAGUGCAAGCUAAGUUAAUCACUAAUUUGCACCAUUCAUCAUGAUUUGGACUAAUAUCAUUAUAUGUUACGGCAGAAGCAAAACUCAACUUUUUUUUUCAACCUGUAAAUGAAUUCAAAGGUAGACAGACAUAUAAUGAUGUAAAGAUUUGUUAAUGCUUAUUGUUCACAACUUACUUCCCCUUCUAACACAAGACCGUUACCUUUAAUUGAAGAAAAAUUCUUAACUUUGAGGCAAAGUAUAAUUUUGGGAGGCAAAAUUAUCCAUUUUCGAACUUAUUUGCUCCUAUAUGAGUUAUCUUUUACUGAAAAUUGAACUUUGUUUCAUGUUAAUCAUUAUAUGUGCUUCAAUCAUUGUGCAAGCUAAGUUAACCAUUAUAUAUUUAUAUGUUAUCUUCAUGUUUUAAGCAUGGUUUAAUAUAGAAUAAUUUGAGUUUGCCUUUAAGAUUGACUUGAUAAAGCGUAUUCUAACCUUAAGCACUAUAGUUGACGAACCCAAAAAAAAAAAAAAAAAAAAAAAAAAAAA